UCUCUCUCCGUUGAAUACACGACUCAAGUAGCUUCUGUUCGCUCUUAUAUAAGCUUACCCAACUCCCCUGUUUUCCCCCACCUUGGCUGCCCUCCUGAAUCCAUUCCUUCCUUUGUCUCUUAAUUCCAUCCUUGGAUUAAUCUCUCGUCGUGGUGUUUCAUUGGAGGAUUAUCAGCAAGUUUUUACCAGCAGGUUGACAAUGGCUGUCAACUAAUUUUUGGGAUUCGUCGAAGUAUCUUGAGUCUUGUUCAAGGGUCGGCAACCUAAGCAGAGUCCAAGCGAAGAUGGGUCCUCUGGAAAUGAAUAUGAGUAUGGUGUCGGCCAAGAAGGCGGACAUAAGUAUCCAACUAGAGCACGAAGAGAGGAGACCGGGAAAGAAGAGGAAGAGAGAAGUUGACGUGUGGAUGCAAAGAGCAGGAUCACUGGAGGAUCGAGUCCACAAGUUAGGACGAAAAGUCCAAGAGACGCCCUUCCUUCUUCGUUUCAUGUUGGCGGAUCAGGUCCGUGGCCUUGCGACUGAAUUGGACAAAUUGCACGAGAAGGGUAGAUUUGAUCACGGUCUCACGCUGGAUGUGAAACCUGCCCGAGGCUAUGAACUGCAACCAGGUGAACUAGUGGGACAAGCUUCUCAAACAAAGAGGGAUGAGAUCUGGGAUGGCUUGAUGAAGGAAGAGGUGCUCCAUGUGGGUGUUUGGGGACAGGCGGAAGCGGGCAAAACCUUUCUCGCGAAGCACAUACAUGACCGGAUAGUGCGAGACUGUCCAAGAUUCGAUGGUGCUUGUUUGGUCAAUGUCUCGCAAGAAGGCACAGUUGGUACGAUACAAACUGACAUUGCGAAAUAUCUCGAGCUAGAUUUGACGGGGGUGAGCGCUGUUUACUGGGGCGCAAGACUGAGGAAGGCAUUGCAGGGUAGGAGACUCCUCCUUAUCUUGGAUGAUGUUUGGAAAUCUUACUCUUUGGAAGAACUGGGUAUAGCCCUAGAAAGAAAUGGAUGCAAAUUGAUCGUGACGUCGCGAUCGAAGGAGGUGUGCAAGCAAAUGAAUUGCCACGAGCUUGUCCAUAUACCAACUCCUCCCGAGGAGAUACCUCAAGAGUUUGAAGAAGAAGAAGUGUAAAAACUAGAAUUAGAAGGGUUAAGGAAGUUGGAAGAGAGGAGGUGUUUUUGAUUGGGGGUUUUGCGGCGCCUUGAUGAAUUUGACUGGGAUGAUGUUGGCGGGGCAAGAUCAUUUGUGAUUUCAAUAAGCAACUUGGGAUUGAGGACUUUAGAAAGACUUAUCUUCAUCAUUUCCAUUUAACAUAAUAUUGCAGCUUUUUUGACAAGUGAUAUCUGAACGAGGAUAUAAGACUAUAAAGGGUUUGUUUCUUCUUUUUUGCCUUUA